AUCACAAAACGAGAUCUUCGAUUGACCGACAAAAAAAUACAUUGAUAGACUAACAAUGCUGUCUGGUCAUCACCAUUUACGGUGCGACUCGAUGUGGUUUGUACGACGUACGAUGUUUGUCUCCGCCAUAGCGGCAACCCUCGUGUGGGUUGCCGCUUCCGGCGAAGCCAAAGUAAAGUUGCCGGAGGGGGUGGUGGUGCCGGCGCUGAUAGGCUUCGGGGAUUCCAUAAUAGAUCAAGGCAUGAACAACUAUAUUCCGACCGUCGUCAAGUGCAACUUCCAACCCUAUGGGGAGGACUUUAUGGGGGGAAAGCCCACUGGGCGCUUUACCAAUGGCAAGACCCCCACUGAUAUUAUAGCUGAGAUGUUGGGAAUCAAAGAUUAUGUGCCAGCUUAUUUGGACGCCAGUUUAACCCCCGAGGAUCUGAAAACGGGAGUCAGCUUUGCAUCCGGAGCCAGUGGAUAUGACCCCCAAACACCCCAAAUUGUGUCGGUCUUCCCGCUGUCGCAACAAAUAGAGUAUUUCAAAGAGUAUUUGGGGAAGCUGAAGGCCGCGUUUGGUGAAGAGCAAACAAAGUUCAUAUUAGACAACAGCUUAUUCUUGGUGGUCGCCGGCAGCGACGACCUUGCCAACACCUACUUCACUGUCGGAAUCCGCCGAUUGCAUUACAACGUUGAUGCUUACACUGAUCUUGUCAUACAUGGUGCUUCCAACUUCAUUCAAGAAUUGUACUCACUGGGAGCAAGAAGGAUAGGGGUAUUCAGUGUGCCACCGAUUGGAUGUUUGCCAUCACAGAGGACAUUGGGAGGAGGAAAGAGUCGAGGAUGCGCUGAGAAUUACAACGACGCUGCCAAAUUGGCCAAUUCCAAGUUCUCAGCUACACUUCAGUCCUUGUCCACCACCUUACCCAAAUCCAAGCUCGUUUUUAUUGACAUCUACGAACCCCUCCUUCACAUCAUGCUCAACCCUCAACAAUAUGGUUCGGAUUUUGACACUACACUACACUAUAAGUGAUCAAGCAUACCAUCCCAUAUCAGAUCAUAUCAAUUCAUAUAAAAUUUGACCGCACAAGACUAGACUGGAAAAUUACAGUUCAAUUAAAACCAGCUUAAGAAAAAUAUUAGGAAUCAUGAUUAUAGCCAAGGGCGGAGCUAGCGUGGGGUCAGCCUAGGCUUUGGCCCACCCAAAAUUUUAAAAGAUGUCUUAAAUAAUUUGGUAAAAAAACUUUGUUUAAUUUUUAUUUUCAAAAAUAUUUUUUGUACCGGUUCAAUCUGACCCAGUGUCCUAGUUCCAACUCUGAUUAUAGCUAGCUAGGAUUGAAGAAAAUAUUAAUCAAAAUCAGACUUUUUAAUUCACAUUUUUGGUUAAAAUAGAAGUAAAACAUGAAGAAAGUCCAUGAAGCUAAGAGCUGAAAAUGGAUAUGGUAUGUUUGAGUAUAUAUAAUUAGAGUAAUCAGCAAUUAAUUAAUUAAUUUGAUGUAUGCAUGUGAUGUGUAGGAUUUGAAGUGGCUGAUAAAGGAUGUUGUGGAACGGGAAACGUAGAGGUUGCCGUUUUAUGUAACAAAUUGUUACCCACAUGUGAAGAUCGCGAGAAGUAUUUGUUUUGGGAUAGUUAUCACCCCACAGAAAAAGGUUACAGAACCCUUGUAAAUAAGGUCAUCUACAAGUAUAUCGACGAAUUCUUCUAAGCCCCCAUGCACCGCCCGGUUAUUAAUUAGUUAAAUCGUCAUUAAAGGCUACUUAUAUCGUUUUGAAGCCUCUCGCUUUAUUACGGAGUAUAUGUUAUUUUUUGCCAUUUCUCUUUGCAAUACUACGAUGUAUUAUCUUCUUCAACUCUAGCUAGCAAAAAUUUACUGUUAGCUAGCUAGUUAUUUACGAGCCGGGGUGAAUUUACCUACACACAAUUUCUCCAUUUCAAAUAUGCAUAAGGUUUAAAUACGUUUUUAGUCCUUACAAAUAUGAUUGAAUUUGUUUUAGAUCCCUG